CCGCCGCUGCCCGGGGCCGCGCCCGGCACCGCCGGUGAUGCUGGACGAUGCCGCGCUCGCCCGGCUCCAGCGAGGACGAGGAGGGGCGGGGCUCCGAGUACCCGGAGGGGGACUCGGACUCGGGCAGCUCCCGCGAGGGGGCGGGGCUAGGGGGGGGUAACCCGGGCCCCUCCCCCCCCCGCUCCCGGGGGGCGCCCCCCCCGCCCCGCCCCCCCCCGGCCCCCCCCGACGACUCCCACUUCAGCAGGAUGGUUUUCCGCAUCGGCAUCCCCGACCUGCACCAAACGAAGUGCCUUCGGUUCGACCCGGGGGCCGUGGUGUGGGCGGCCAAGCAGCAGCUCCUGUGUGCGCUGACCGAGGGGCUCCAUGAUGGCCUCAACUAUGGCCUGUUCCAACCGGCGGCCGCAGGUCGGGAUGCCAAGUUCCUGGAUGAGGAGCGGCCCCUGCGUGACUACCCCCAGAGCUUCGACCAGGGUGUGCCAUACCUCGAGUUCCGGUACAAGACCCGGGUGUACAAGCAAACCAACCUGGAUGAGAAGCAGCUGGCCAAGCUCCACACCAAGACGGGGCUCCGGAAGUUCCUGGACUAUGUGCAGCACGGCUCUGCUGAGAAGGUCGCGCGGUUGCUGGACCGGGGCCUGGACCCCAACUACCAUGACUCCGACUCGGGGGAGACACCGCUGACACUGGCAGCGCAGCGCGAGGGGCCGCAGGAGGUGGAGAUCAUCCGGUUGCUGUGCCUGGGGGGGGCACACCUCGACUUCCGUGCCCGCGAUGGGGCCACAGCCCUGCACCGGGCGGCACGGACCCGGCGGUACCCGGCACUGCUGGCGCUGCUGGACCUGGGGGGCUCCCCCAACUACAAGGACCGCCGGGGGCUGACCCCCCUGUACCACACGGCCAUGGUGGGGGGGGACCCACGGUGCUGCGAGCUGCUCCUGGCCCACCGGGCCCACAUCGGCACCGCCGACGAGAACGGCUGGCAGGAGAUCCACCAGGCCUGCCAGCACGGGCACUCGCAGCACUUGGAGCAUUUGCUGUUCUAUGGGGCAGAGGCAGCGGCUCAGAACGCAUCCGGGAACACAGCCCUGCACAUCUGUGCCCUCUACAACAAGGAGAGCUGCGCCCGCAUCCUGCUCUACCGCGGGGCCAACAAGGAGGUGAAGAACAACAGUGGGCAGACACCAUUCCAGGUCGCUGUCAUCGCAGGGAACUUUGAGCUGGGAGAAUUGAUCAAGAACCAUCGGGACAGUGACGUGGUUCCGUUCCAGGAGAGCCCCCAGUUCACCUCCCGCCGCCGCGACCCCCCCCGGGGGCUGCCCCUCCCCCCCCAGCGCCUCCUCCGGGCCAACAGCGACUCGGGGGGGGGAGGGGCAGGGCUCCCCGCUGCCCCAGCUGCCGGGGGGUCCUUGGGGGGGCGCGGGGGUCGCCGCCGCCUGUACUCGGCCGUACCGGGACGCUCCUUCCUGGCCGUGAAGCCCUAUCAGGCCCAGGGCGAGGGCGAGCUCAGCCUCAGCAAGGGCGAGCGCAUCAAGGUGCUGAGCGUGGGUGAAGGGGGGUUCUGGGAGGGCCAAGCCCGCGGCCGCAUUGGUUGGUUCCCAUCCGAAUGCGUGGAGGAGGUUCCAGCCCGGACCCCCGAGGGCAAGACAGAGAGCCGCAGUGACAAGGCCAAGCGCCUCUUCCGCCAUUACACCGUUGGCUCCUAUGACAGCUUCGAUGCCCCCAGUGAUUACAUCAUCAAGGAGAAGACUGUUCUGCUGCAGAAGAAGGACAACGAAGGCUUUGGCUUCGUCCUGCGUGGGGCCAAGGCGCAGACGCCCAUCGAGGAGUUCACGCCGACGCCGGCGUUCCCGGCGCUGCAGUACCUGGAGUCCGUGGAUGAGGGCGGAGUGGCCUGGAGAGCCGGGCUGCGCAUGGGGGACUUCCUCAUCGAGGUGAACGGGCAGAACGUGGUGAAGGUCGGGCACCGUCAGGUGGUGUCCAUGAUCCGGCAGGGAGGGAACAGCCUCGUGCUCAAGGUUGUCAUGGUGACGCGACACCCGGAGCCCGAGGGGCCCCGGCGCAGGGCGGCCCCCCCGCAGCCCCGGCGCCUCCCGGCUCCGGCCAUAUCCCUGCGCUCCAAAUCCAUGACCUCGGAGCUGGAGGAGAUGGUGGAGAAAGAGUACGAUGCCUCGGUGGCCACUGAGAAGAAGCGGACGGUCUAUCAGAUGGCGCUCAACAAGCUGGACGAGAUCCUGGCCGCAGCCCAGCAGAGCAUCAGCGUGGGGGAGGGGCCGGGGGCCCCCCUGCCCCCCCUGGGCAAGACCCGGCCCAAGGGCUUCUAUGGGGCUGAGGCGACCUUCGAGGGUCCGCGCCUGCCCCCGGGGGGGUUCGACCGCGGGUUCCUGCCGCCCCCCCCCCACGGGCUCGUGCUGCGCCAGAAAUCCAUAGGCGCACCGGAAGAGCCCCGCCCGUUCCUGGCGCCCCCCAGCGGCCGCUUCAGCCGCAGCCUGUCGGUCCCGGGCUCGGAGGAGAUCCCGCCCCCCCCGACGACGUCACCUCCGGAGCCUCCCUUCAGCGGCCCCGCCCCCCCCGCCUCCAUCAUGGGCGCGUCCACUGCGCGCUCGGCGGGGGGGGGGGGGAGGGGGAGGGCCCCCCCCAGCAUCGACGAGGCCUUGUUCGCGGCGGACGCGUUCCCGGCCCGGGGGUACCGGGGGGCACCGAGGGGCGGGGCCGGAAGCGCCUUCAGCAGCGUGGCCGCCGCUUCCGGUCCGUCGCCCAGGCCCAAGGCCGUGGCGGCCGCGCUGCAUGCCGGGAUCGCCGCGCUCCAGGCCGGGCUGGGGCCGCUGCCGCCGGGCGUGGGGCUGAGGCCCAGGCCUCACCUAGCGACCGACAUGGCGUCCUUAGCGACCGACAUGGCGCCCCUAGCGACCGACAUGGCGUCCUUAGCGACCGACAUGGCGCCCUUAGCAACCGACAUGGCGCCCUUAGCGACCAAGCUGUCGCCCCUAGCCACCGACAUGGCGUCCUUGACGACCAACAUGGCGCCCUUAGCGACCAACAUGGCGCCCCUAGCGACCGACAUGGCGUCCUUAGCGACCGACCUGUCUCCCUUACCCCCGGCCCUGUCUCCCUUAGCAACGCCCUCCCUGGCGUCCUUAGCAACGCCCAAGAUGGCGCCGCUCGUUCCCCCGGUGGCCCUGCCCCCGUUCGCCCCCCCCAUGGCCCCGCUCCGCUCCGCCGUCCCCCGCCUGCCCCCCCCUCGCCGCCCCCCGUCCCCCGCCGACGCCUUCGGUGCCCCCGAGGCCCGGGUCCGGUUCGCCGAGGCCGGGGGGCUCCUGGCGCUGCCGCCGCCGGCGCCGUCGGUGGACGGGGACGAGGAGCUGCUGCUGGCGGAGCCGCUGCCGCCGCCGCUCGAGUUCGCCAACAGCUUCGAGGACGCCGCGGCCGGACCCUCGGCGGCCGCCGUCGGGGACUCCACGGCCUCCAGCCUCACGUCGUACGACAGCGAGGUGGCCACCAUCACCCAGGCCGGGCCCGAGGGGCGGCGGGGGCCGCUGGGCCCGCACCCCGACGGCCUGGACGCCGUCACCGACUCCGGUAUCGAGGAGGUCGACAGCAGGAGCAGCAGCGACCACCCCCCCGAGCACGGGGAACCGGGGCCCUAUGGAGCCGACGGCACCGAGAGGGCCAGGCCCAGGGGCCGGGGGGGGGCCCCGAGGACCGGACACCCGCAGGGCUAUGGAGCCAUGGGAGGAGACCGGACGGGGCCUGGCCUGGAGCCGGGGAGCGGCCGAUGGCAGCUACGGGGGCACCGCGGGCAGGCACAGCCCUCCAAGCCCCCCCCUUCCUCCUCCAUCUCCCCCUCCUCCAUCCUCUUCCCCAACUGGCCCCCGGGCCCCAAGUCCCCUUUGGGAGGGGUCGGGGUGGGGGGGUUGGACCUGGACAUCCGCCCCCCCCUGCGGCGAGCCCCGAGCCCGGCCACGCUGCCCAGCGAGCGCCGGGGCAGCCCCGCUCCGCGCCCGGCAUCCCUGCCCACGUUACCGGCGGCUGCCCCGCUCUAUGCCGGCUUCCUGGAGCUGCGGGGGGGGCCGUUCGGGGACGGGGGGGGCAGCUCCAGGUCCCUGUCCCCGACGAGGCCCCCGCCGCCCCCCCCGGAUAAGCCGUUCGGGGCCAAGCCCCUGGCGUUCUGGAGCAAGUUCGACGUGGCUGACUGGCUGGAGUACCUGAACCUGGGCGAGCACCGCGCGCGCUUCCUGCACAACGAGAUCGACGGCUCCCACCUGCCCGCGCUCACCAAGGAGGAUUACAUCGACCUGGGAGUGACGCGCGUCGGGCACCGCAUGAACAUCGACCGCGCGCUCAAGGUCUUCCUGGAGAGGUGAGGGCCGCGGAGGGGGCAGCGGGACCAGGAGGAGACGCGGGGCACGGAACGGGACGUGGAGGUGCCAUGGGACAUGGACAUGGACAUGGAACGGGACAUGGAUGUGCAAUGGGAGAUGGACAUGGAACGGGAGAUACGGACAUGGACAUGGAACGGGACA